AAAGAAGAUUAGUUGGGGAGAGAUCAGUCUCCGACCUCUACGUAUCGAUAACAAGAGUGACUUGCAUUCUGAUAUCAAUAAAACAAUCUCUUAACCUAAUUGAGGAAAAAGUGUAUUUUCAUACUACGGUACUUAUAACCAGCCUAUAAUGGGUAUGAAAUUGUACAAAAGGGAAACCAGUGGACCUUGUCGGUCGGUGUUCAUGGUACUUGAACUGUUGGGUAUACAAGACGUUGAAUAUAUACAAAUGAAUUUGAUUCAACGCGAACACUUCAGGGAAGAAUAUUUGAAGAUGAACCCGCAACAUACAAUUCCCACGUUGAAAGAUGGUGAUUUCGUCAUUUGGGAUAGCCACGCAAUUGUGACGUAUUUAGUUAACCAAUACGCAAAAGACGAUUCACUGUAUCCUAAGGAUCCUAAAAAACGUGCUAUUGUAGACCAGAGGUUACAUUUUGAUAACGGUGUUCUUUUUGCCGCACUGAAAACUACUAUGGUUCCAAUUUUAUAUAACGGCGAAAAAUCAUUCAAGCAAGAAAAUCUGGACAAAAUUAAAGAGGGUUAUGAUUUUAUAGAAAAAUUCUUCUCUGGCCCUUGGCUCGCAGGGGAGUCAAUAACAUUAGCUGACAUUUGCUGUGUAUCAAACAUCAGCUCUCUAAAUGAGAUUUUGCCCAUAGAUAAGGCUCUGUACCCCAAAUUAUCAGCCUGGUUUGAGAAAUGUUCAAAACAAGACUUUUACAUCAAGAGGAAUUUGCCUGGUGUGCAAGAAUUCCAGGAAUUAUUAAAAGUAAAAAUUGUAUCCUAAAAUUUUUGGAUCUAUUACGAAACUUUGAAAUUAACUAACCUGAAAAUGUUUAAAUUUAAUUAAAGGUUUCGGUACUACAUG